CAAGAAUGUGAGUCAGCAUGAAGACGACUGUGCCUGUUUCUACAGUGCAACACUGCAGCCAGUUGCCUGAAAUUGAGGUGCAAGCCACAACUCAAUAAAACUGAUGUUUGAAGACUUGCCAUGAUGAAUCAGACCACCGGUUAUGGGGAAAUUGCUGCCAUAUACAAUGAUAGCAUCAUCUUUGGGAAUGGCAGCAUGGGCAUCCUGAUAAUCCCCAAAUCCAUGAACACAGCCAUUAAUAUUUUAAUGGUGACCAUACUCUUCAUCACCAUGAUUUCCCUCGGCUGCACAAUGGAGAUCUCCAAAAUUAAGGCCCAUCUUCUCAAGCCAAAAGGGGUAGCCAUUGCUUUGGUGGCCCAGUUCUGCGUAAUGCCCCUGACUGCUUUCUCUUUGACCAAAAUCCUCCGGAUGGAGCCAAUUAAGGCUGUAACAGUACUCAUCUGUGGCUGCUGUCCAGGGGGAAGCUUAUCAAACAUUUUUUCUCUCUCGGUAAAAGGUGACAUGAAUCUCAGUAUCAUCAUGACAACGUGCUCCAGCAUUGCUGCCCUGGUUCUCAUGCCGCUGCUGCUGUACAUCUUCAGCCAGGGCUUCACAGGUCUGGAAGAUGUUGUUCCUUAUGUUGGCAUCAUCACUGCUCUCGUGUUUACUCUGCUGCCUUGUGCCAUCGGUAUUUUCGUCAACCACUACAAACCAAAUUACUCUGCAACUGUUACAAAUGUUGGUCUCAGCAUCCUGAUAAUAUCCAGCAUCAUAGCUUUUGUCCUUUGUGGUCUCGCUGUGAAGGAUGUAAUAUGGAUGAUCCUCAAGCCAGACGUCCUCGCUGUGGCUGCACUGAUGCCUCUGAUUGGUUUUAUAAUGGGAUUUGUCAUGUCGGUCAUUUGCGGACUCAACCCACAAUGCAGCAGAACCAUCUCCAUGGAGACAGGGUGUCAAAACAUCCAGCUGUGCACCACCAUUCUUAAGGUGGCCUUUUCUCCACAGACCAUUGGACCCUUGUUUUUAUUUCCUUUGUUGUACAUCACGUUCCAGUGUGCAGAGGCCCUCCUUCUAGCAUUGUGCUUCAGAUGUUACCGAAGAGUCACGGCACCGCAUGGAGGAUCCAAAGAAAUGGAAAAACAUUGAUGCAAAACAAGAAGAGGUGAAACAAUGAUCUACAAAGAGACCAAUGCACUCUUGGAGAAACUACUUAAAGAGGUGUGCCAUUAUUCAAACCUGUGACGUUGACUGAAAGUCUAAAGCCUUGGCAGCCAAAAUUACCUACUGUCACAGCCGAAAUGUUUUUUGUAGUACCACAAAUGUAGAAUUUUUUUUAACUUUAUAAACAACAAUUACAAUAAUUUCAAAAAACUUUACUAUCCUGAAAAGGGAUUGUUCCAUUUCAUUGAUUGUAUUAUUGCAAAACAUCUAAUUGUGAGAGAGGAGUACUGGGCUAAUCAUAAAACUAACUUUAACACUGACUGCUAAUUUGGUGUCUGAAAUCUUUGUGUGCAAAAAAACAAACAAACAUUUGUUUGCUUUCAAACACCUGUUUUCCCAGAUGUCCAAUCUUCAAAAACCUUGACAGAAUUUGGUAAUGUUCUGUAUAAGUGUGGGAGAAGACCAAGAUGUUCAAAGAUCUUUAAAUGCCUUACAUCCAGCAUGCCAGUGAAAAGUGUAGUUAAAAAAAUGGUAAAAUGCUAUGAUUAUGCUUAUGACUGUGGAAUAUUGAUUGCAUUUUUGUUAAGUUUUCCUUUAAGAAUUAUAAAACAAUGUUUUUUGAAAACAAGAACUUGUUGCACAAGUUUGAUUUUGACCUUGAAUCUUCCAUAAUCCAAAAGGAAAACUGAACUCACAAAGUCAAAUAUGUGCAUAGUAAUUGUGGAUUAACAAAUUGCAUCUCAGCAACACACUUUUUAUAGCUAUCAGCAAGCCUCAGGCAUAAUUCAGCAUGACCUCAGACUUGAUUUUAUUAAAAUUCAGAAACUUCUGUGCCUUCAAAUUAUUAUGUGAACUGAGUCAGCAAUACACUUUUGGUGGCAAAUAAACUUCUGGUCCAUGAAUGGAGUCUUACAGCAUCCCCAAAAGGAAUUCACAAAAAUCUACUAAAAGAGCAUAUAAGGAAAUUUUAUAUUGGUAGAUAAUUUAGUUUGAGUAACAAUUCUUUGCAAUAAAUUUUAUACUGCUAGAGAGAAAAUUUAUUGAACUUAUAAGAAAAUUUGUGGAUUGAGCAGCAAAACUGGGUAUGUGGGCAGAGCCAAUGAAUAAAUGCCAAAUCAUCUCUGCCAAUCCCAAAUGCCAUAUUUUAUAAGUAACUCGUCCUGUCAAUAAAUUGGGCAAUCGAAGUUUGAAGAAACAAGACAGAAUCCAACAAUUUAUUAAUUUAGUAAAAGGGGGGCUCAGCAGUGCAUAGGGGGAUCUUAUACAACCACAACAACCAGGCGCCUCCUCCUGCUGCUGAUCACCAGCUGGGUCACGCAGCUGGUGAUGGAAUCUCAUUCUUUGACCACAAUUUGUUGAAAGUGUGUUGAUGAGAUCAGAUUGAUAUGAAUAGCAUGCAACAAAUAUGCAGUAAGAUUGAGGUCAGGACGUUCCACUUCAAUUUCUAGUUUCUAACAAUCAACCAAACAUUAUUUUCUUGCUUUUAACUAUAUUACUUUCUUGUAUCAAAAUUCAGUAAGGUUGUUUCUGGUAAAAAAAACAUUUCGCCUGAAAAACAACAACAAAAGAACUAAACAAUUCAAACAUAUCUAAAGACCUACAA